AUGCUAGUCGGGACACGGCGUUGGCAGAGAGACGCUUCGAACGCCAUAAUCACCGGGUGCGAGCAGAUGACUGAUGGCCCAAUAUACCUCCAGGCAUCGUCUGGAGGUCAAGAGCCGGUUCCCCCCGAGUGUGCGCAUACUUUCCCCCAGAGGAGCCCGCCGAAAGCCCUCAUGGGACGCCCGCACUGCUUCCUCCAGGGCGAAGGAGAUGCAGGAGGAGGAGGGAAAAAAGUCAUUUGCUUCUCCCAACUGUGGCAUCUGUACCAGAGAAAGGUGACCACAUCAUGUCAGACGAGCACCAACUAUGAGCUGCCUCCCACUCCGCAGUUGUCUUUAAAGCAUGUAGAUACUCCGGGUUCUCAGAGAUCGUGCAAGAGCGUGGAGAUAAGACGCAAGCAGUCCCGGAGUCAGAGCGUGGUGCCGGCCAUGGAGGAGCACUAUGAGGUGGACCUGGUCUACAUCACAGAGAGGAUCAUCUCCCUGUCCUUUCCCGCCUCCGCAGACGAACGCUCCUACACCAACCAUCUAAAAGAGGUGGCCAGCAUGCUGAGGUCCAAGCACGGGGAGCACUACCUGGUACUGAACCUAAGCGAGAGAAGAAACGACCUGAUCAAGUUAAAUCACAAGGUCCUGGAGUUCGGCUGGCCAGACCACCACGCCCCAGCGCUGGACAAGAUCUGCAGCAUGUGCAAGGCAAUAGACAUGUGGCUCAAUGGAGACUCACACAACGUGGUGGUCCUGCACAACAAGGGGAACAGAGGUCGGACAGGAGUGGUGGUCGCAGCUUACAUGCACUACAGCAACAUCACCGCCAGUGCUGACCAGGCGUUGGACAGGUUCGCCAUGAGACGGUUCUACGAAGACAAAGCACUUCCUGUGGGGCAGCCAUCGCAAAUACGAUACGUGCGGUACUUCAACGGCCUGCUCUCGGGACACAUCAAAAUCAACAACAAGCCCCUGUUCCUGCAUCACGUCAUCAUGCACGGCAUCCCCAACUUCGAAGCCAAAGGAGGCUGCCGUCCCUUCCUCAAGAUCUACCAGGCCAUGCAACCAGUUUACACUUCCGGAAUAUAUAACGUCCAGGGAGACAGCAACACGAGCAUCUGCAUCACCAUCGAGCCGGGGCUGCUUUUGAAAGGGGACAUCUUGUUGAAAUGCUACCACAAGCGCUUCCGCAACCCCACCAGAGACGUGGUGUUCCGGGUUCAGUUCCACACGUGUGCCAUCCACGACCUGGGAGUGGUGUUCGGGAAGAGCGAGCUGGACGACACCUUCAAAGAUGACAGAUUUCCAGAAUAUGGGAAGGUUGAGUUUGUGUUCUCGUACGCACCAGAAAAGAUUAAAGGGUUGGGCCACCUGGAGAACGGGCCCAGUGUGUCCGUGGACUACAGCACCCAGGACCCUCUGAUCCGCUGGGACUCGUACGACAACUUCAACGCCCGCUGCGAGGACUCUGUGGAGGGGGUUCCUGAUGCUGAUCACACUCAAGGCCCUAUCGACGGAAGCCUAUAUGCCCGAAUCCGCAAAAAGGACUCCCUGGAGGGAGUGGUCACCAUCAACGGUCUUCCAGUUCACGAAAAUCCUCUGACCAAUGCAGAAACCUCCCUCCAGACCACCAAUCACUCACUCCAAACAACCGACCAAACCCUUCCCGUCACCGGCCCCACUGCACUUCCCGCUGUCGACCACACUCUCUCCGUCAGCAGCGACUCGGGCAACUCUACUGCUUCCAUCAAGACCGACCGUACUGAUGAGCACAGCCAGCCCCUGCAGGGUGGCGUGAACGCCAACAACCCGGUAGUGACCCAUCCGCCCCUCAGUCCACAAGAGAAGAGAGAACUGGACCAGCUUUUGAGCGGACUCGAACCUCCGAACCAACGUCAAGCAUAUCUGUCAACAUCAACCAGCCCAGGGGGAGGAGUGAGGCAUCUUGUUCCAGCACAGGUGCAUGUCAAUGGGGGACAUAACAGAGUGAUCAAUGCGCCCACAGAAGAACGAGAGACGGAUAUCCUUGAUGACGAAUUGCCAAACAGUCAGGAAGGAAAUAGCGUUGAUAGCUUAGGGACAAUUUCUUCUAUAGAUGGUCAAGCUACUCCAGCAGAACUGUACUAUCAAUCGCAAACUCCAGUGAGCCAAAACGACGGCCCCUACCUUGAGAGAGGGGGUGAGAAAUUGACGGAGAUGCCUGUACACGGUUCGAGAAUGCCCACAACAAUGCAAGAACACGGGGUCGACUCUCCAUCUCCACAGGGAGGAUAUAACAGCUAUGAAAAUGGGAAUGGAAUGUACCGCUCGCAGUCCUUUGGGAACCAGGCUGGCAGCAGUCCGGAGACCAAUCCCAAGCUGAUGCCAAGGGCCCCAGAGAGGAGCACGAGUAGCAGAGAGGCGGUUCAACGAGGGCUCACCAACUGGCACCAGCACAGUCUCCCCGACGAUCCAUUUGGUCCUCCUCUGCAGUCCACCCAUAGCCUCCCCCAGUUUCCAACUACAGCCUCUCAGCGGGACAUCGAGCAGUCCAUUGAAGCCCUAAACAUGCUAAUGCUAGAUCUCGACCCCAUCAACUCCCACAUUUCCAAGUCCCACAGCGCACCAACAGGGGAAUCCCACCUCAGCGUGUCCCAAGUUCCUUUCUCCCAAACUUUGACUAGACCAUCGUACCAGGCAGACUCUGCUAUCCAUGGUGUUAACAAUUCUGGUAUGGUCAACAACGCCUUCCACCAACCACAGCAGUCGCCUGGGGGGGUUUCAGCAAUCCCCAACCCGAGUCCUGUCAUAGAAUCCUCUGCUUUCUUACCGCAACGACCCAAUGCUGGCUACCAAAACGCCACCCCUUCGCAAACCCCAGAGCCCUAUGUCCAUUCUCGACAGGCGACGCCUCACUACAGCGAACAGUCCAGUUUCAACCAGCAGAAGCCUAUGAACUCGUACCAGGGAGGACCCAUGUCCCACUCCCCAGACCUCCAGGGCUCAUCUCCCUACCCAGGCUACAGUGCCUCUUCCUCCCCCAUCCCAGGACACACUCCCCAGUUGAAGGACACUUCCUCUACGUCUUUAGCCAGAGAGCAAGAUCCAGAAGAAGAGCUCAACUUGGAAGGGCUGGUAGCUCAUAGAAUUGCAGAGUACAACGCUCGAAUCCAGGGCAUCAGUGAGAGCAUCACCCCCCAGCCUGACCGCCUCCGCUCCUAUUCCUUCUCUGGCGUUAGAUCGAGAGGGAUGACACCAGAACUGACCCAGGAGACAGGACGCCGCCGGACCACCAGCGAGGGCCAGUACCAGAGCAGCCUUGAAAUCCGCUCCGGUGUUAACUCUCCGGAUUUCACGCAGAACUUGGCCCUCAACCCUGGAGGAAGACCGAGAGAAGGACAUAUGCACAGCUACCGGGAGGCGUUUGAGGAAGCCGACAGCGGUGGCAGUCCCACGUUCAGAGGCGGUGGUGAGAGCUCCCCCCUGACCCCACGCUUCCCUGUGUCACCUCAGACUCCUUACUUCAACAUGACCCGCACUCCUCCUGGACUAGCCAAGACUCCUCUUUCUGCCCUCGGGGUUAAGCCACACACAUACGGAGGAUCAGAUGGUGCAUUGGGGUCGAGAGCACAGCAGGUCAUCGCCCCCAUCAAUUCCAGAAGUCCAGUGCACUCUUCUGACAGCAGAGGUCUAGUCCGAGGCAGCCCCCCUGAGGGCGCCCAGGUGAACAUCAUGGGCCUUCACACCGUUCCAGGGAGCCCCAACACCCUGCACCGCACCGUGGCCACCAACACGCCCCCCAGCCCGGCCCUGCAGAGACGCCUGGGCCAGGGCAGCCCCUCUCUGAGCCGCCAGCACCCCCCAGCCAUCCCAUCCAGCCCCUUGAUUACCCGUAGAGCAGCCACAACCGCCGGAGUGCCCCCCAGAAGAGCCACCCCAGACGAUGUGAGCGCACGCCACACCCCCGCCUUCCCCGUGUCCCCGCAGCUGCCCGACAAGAGGCACAUGUCCAGCGGAGACGCAGAGAGGAGCGACAACAAGAACCUGAGCCCGGCACCGGCCAGCGGGGGCAGCACUCCCAACCUCACUGGGACACACACACUCCCAGACAUGCCUAAGUCCAUAUACGACGGAUACCCCGACAUCAAAAUGAACGUCAAGUUUGUCCAGGACACAUCCAAGUUUUGGUACAAGCCCGAUAUCUCCAGAGAACAAGCAAUCGGUUUGCUGAAGGACAGAGAACCAGGCGCCUUUAUCAUUCGGGACAGCCACUCGUUCCGCGGGGCUUACGGUCUGGCUAUGAAGGUGGCCUGCCCCCCUCCCACUGUCCAGCAAAAUAAGAAAACUGUUGGGGAUUUGACGAACGAGCUGGUGAGACACUUCCUGAUUGAGACCAGUCCCAAAGGAGUCCGGCUGAAGGGGUGUCCCAAUGAACCCUACUUUGGUUGCCUGUCCGCUCUGGUUUACCAACACUCCAUGACCCCCCUGGCUCUGCCCUGUAAACUCAUGAUCCCCACCAAAGACCCAAACGAGGAGGCGCUGGAGCUGGCCACGCCCACAGACCCAGUGGUGGAGAUCCUCAAACAGGGAGCAGUUCAGAAGCCUCCGGAAGAAGCUCAUGCCUGCAACGUCCUCUACAUCAGCUCGGUGGACAUGGAGUCUCUGACCGGACCCCAGGCCGUGGCCAAAGCCAUCAGCCAGACCCUGUCUUCCAACCCUCUGCCCGCCGCUACCACCGUCCACUUCAAGGUGUCGGGGCAGGGCAUCACGCUGACCGACAGCCAGAGGAAGAUUUUCUUCAGAAGACAUUAUCCCCUCAACACAGUCACCUUUUGCGAUAUUGACCCCCAGGACAGAAAAUGGGGAAAAGAAGGAGGAGGUCUGUUGAGGCUCUUUGGUUUCGUGGCGAGGAAACAAGGAAGCACAACAGACAACGUGAGCCACCUAUUUGCCGAGCUGGAGCCGGAGCAGCCCGCCUCGGCCAUCGUGAGCUUCGUGUCGCGGGUGAUGAGGCGGUGA